AUGUCAACAGACUCGGGAUCCAACGAGUCGGACGUCAUCAGCAUCACCAGCACGAAUGUGUCGCCGUCUUCGGUAGGGGUUAAUUAUUUUUUCUGCUCAUUAUUACUGAGUAUUAGCGGGGAAGAUAGAAUAGGUAUGAAGGGGUUUGGAUACGGUGAUGUUAGUCAGAUCCCCUUGAAUUUAAGGGAGAUGCCUUUUAGGGGUUUCUAGUUUAAUUCGGCCCAAAUCUACCUUCCGUAGUUUGUGCUCUUGCAAAAAAAAUAUGUAGAGAGGCGUUUUUUGCCAAGUUGUAUCGAUUUUCGCAAUAACAAAGCCUUUUUUGGAUUAAAUUAAUUUCAAUAUGAGUGAUUUUGAAACAAAUAUUUCACAAUGAAACUUUUUUCUUAACAACAAUCGCUUCCAGAACCACAAUGGCCGGCGCGCCGACGAAGACGAGGCACUUUUCUCCAUCAGCGACAAGAACACCACCGUCAAGGAGUACACAAAACUCCUGGUGGAGAAGAACAAACGGAUUGAAGAGCUGGAAAAGGACAACAAACGAUUACAGAUGGCAAUGACUAGCACGAUAACGGAUUACGAAGCGAGGAUAGGAGAUUUGCUGGCCGAAUUGGAUCGGCUUCAUCAGUUGUCCACGUCACUGCAAACCAAACAAACAUGUUCCUGCCAGAAGACCGAGGCCGUCACGCCGCCGAAGAAGAAGUCGAGCAAGUGAGUGGUUGUUUUAAAAACUUUUUGCGUUGGAAAAUUCAAAAAAUUCAAAAUUUUUUGGAUUGGUCGAGUUUUUUGGAUCAUGGAUAAUAUUUUUGAUGAUUUGACGGGAAAACUCUCAAAUUGCAGAAUUUUUAUCCCAUUGUUCCGCUAAAAUACACCUUCUGCUUUUACAAUGACCACAUUACUACGAACUAAUUCAAUUAAACUUCCUGUUAAAACCGUUUUACACUAAAAACUUCCCCUAAUUUCCAAAAAUCCCGACAUUUUUUUCAUUUUUUCAAUUUCAGAAAGAAAAAAGUCAACAAUAACAACACAAAUAUCAUGUCUGAUCUGUUGAAUGGACUCUGUGGUAAUGUGGACGUCACGCCGACGUCUGCCGAUGAGAUUUUAUCCGCUUUGAAUACCUUUGUCAAGGAGAACAACACGGAAAAGUCAAAGCCCGCAAACACUGAUGAAGCCGCGUGGAAUUCGCUGCUUUCUGAUCCUAAUGGUAAGUGGUUGAUUGGGGUUUUAUUAAAGCAGUGCUCUCAAAAAAUGUCUAGGCUUUGUGUUGAUUUUCUGGACCUUUAAAUUUUUUUAGACAAAAAAUUUUAAAUUUUGAAAAAAUUGAUGAUAUUUUCCAUGACGUUUAAUUUUGGGGUAUUUUUUGAAGUAAAAAAUUUGGACUGCACUAUGUUACAUCUAAUAUCUCUUUUUCAGCCACUGAAUUCAUCGAAUUCCUUGCCAAAUUCAACCCGGAAUCUCAGAAAUCCGACACCUCCAAGGUCGAUUUUCCAGAUUUCAACUUUUCCAAUUGGAAAGAGCGCGAAAUCUCCCCACAGGUCAUAGAGGAUGAUCCUAUGAGUGUGAACACUCAAGAACUCCUCAAUCUUCUCAUCAAUAACAGUGACGCCGGCUCAUCCGACAUUAAAAUCGACUUCUGGGAUUCGAAUGUCAAGUCAUCCCCAGCGACGUCCACUCCCUCAUCCAGUGGAGCCAAACCCUUGAGCGAAGAGGAGCAGAAAGUUGUGAAGAAGUUGCAAGAUCGCAUUGCAAUCAGUUGCAGUAGAUUGGGCAACCAUGCGCUGAAUACGGUGGAAAUUGCGAAAGAGUGUAAGCGAAUCAUGAUCGCCUACAAUAUUGGGCAACGUCUUUUCGCGCGAUUUGUGAUGAAUCAAGUGGUCAAGUCGCAGGGAUCUUUAUCUGAGCUGUUGUCCAAGCCACGACCUUGGAAUCGACUUACGGACAAAGGAAGAGAAGCCUUCCGAAGAAUCUUUGGAUGGCUUACCGACGACGAAGCUAUAGAGCUGGUUCAUCAACUCUCUCCCCGAAAAACAAGCAACAAAAUGGAGAAAGUGGAGCAUCCCAGUGCCGAGUCAUUGAUUGAGACCUACGGAAAGCCGUUGAGUCCAUUGCCGGACGUCCCAGAAGACGAUCAAAUCAACAAAGUGGAGUUUGAGAUUGAGAGGCCCGAGAGUCUCAAAAUCUCGACCAACGUGGGGUCUUCCGCCUCAUCAACCAAAUCCACAAAUCGUUGGAAACAUGACGACAUCCCCACCGAGAAGAUAAUCAACAUUUUGGAGGCAGAGAAGGCCAAAGUUGUGGACAAAACUCCCAAGAAGUUGACGUCGCCCGUUGUAAAAUCGAAAAAAAUCACAGUGCCAAUUGAAUCCGAUCUCCUGAAGAACGCUUUGCGCUCGGAACAACUGCUUCUGUCGCAAGAGCACUUUGAGAAGUACUCGUUUUUGAAUACGGAAGAGCUUGUGAAAGAGGUGAAGGAGUAUUUGAAUACGCACGGCAUCAGUCAACGGCAGUUCGGCGAGAAAGUUCUGCUGCUCUCGCAGGGCUCAGUCUCCGAUUUGCUCGCUCGGCCCAAGCCCUGGGGCAAUAUUACGCAAAAGGGAAAGGAGCCGUUCAUUCGGAUGCGCGUGUUCUUGGACGAGGCCGAGAAGUAUCACGGAAAAGAGGAGAGUAACUACACACAACUCUUUGAGGACCUCCACGCGACUGCCGGCAUCUUCUUGGAGGGCAGUUCAUCAACCAAAUCCAUCGACGAAGACCUGCAAAUCGUCGAGUUCAACCCGAUGGAGCUGAAGACCAGCAUCAAGGAGCGGCUGCAGCUGGAAUGCAUAUCCACCGACGUCUUCAUCAAGCACUUCCUUCCGGAGAAGUGCGGCGAAAUUGAGCGAUUUAUGACCAUCCCCGACUACAACCUGGACGCCGCCCUGCUCGCCAAACUGAAUGGGUUCCUGGCCGACAAUGAUGUGGUUGACAGACUCCGCUCGGCUCAAUUGGAUAUCGUCCAUAAAGGCUUGACGGCCAAGGCAACAACGCCCGAGGCCAAAACCCAAAAGAGGAAAGUGAGCGUGGAUAAUGGGGAGAGCGAUACGGGGACGGAAUCACCGGCCAAAAAACAACCGGUAAGUUGGGGAAAAAGAGAAUUUUGGGUGGAAAAAUUGAGUAACUAUUUACAAUAUUACUUUUUUGAACAAGUUAUUUAAAAAAAAAUUUUUUGAAAAAAUUUUUUUUUUAAUUUUUGAUUUUUUGGCUAAAAAAUUAUUUUUUUAAUUUUUUCAAUUGCCUUAUAGAAAAAUUAAGGUAACGAAAAAACUUUUAUUUCAAUUUUUUCACCUCCAAAAAAUUUGUAACCCCCAUUUUAUACUUUUUCCUGUCACUUCCAGCCUCCAUUUUGCUAUGAAUCCUUCGAAACAAUAGAAACUGCCGAAUGUUUAAGUGCCCGUUUAAUAAUUUACACCCGUUUUUCGACAAUAAUCGUUUGUUUGCAGCGAUUCCAACGCACGAUAAUAACGGAACGUCAGAAGGAGGCAUUGUUAUACGUGUACGAGAAGAAUGCCCGACCAAAUCCUACGAUUAUCAGCGGCCUGGGACGUAUUCUGGGCCUGCCCUCGAAGACGAUCACUAACUGGUUCCACAACCAUCGCACACGGAAUCGGUCCAAGACCACGGACGCCGCCUUCAUCGAGAGCAUCAAUAAUGGGACCAUCGCGGAUACGGAGCUGCUGGCCUAUUGUAAUGUGAGUUUGGGGAACGAAUUUUUAAUUUUGAACUUUUGGGGUCGGUUUUUUUAAUUUUUUUUUGAAAAAAUCCAUUUUUGAUGAUUUUUCAAAAUGUUGGGAAUAGGAAAAAAUUGAAAUACAUGUACUAAAAUUGUCAUACAUAAUCGAUUUUUAUCGGAAUUUGCAAUUUUUUACAUCUGUUUACCAAAAAAACCAAAAAAAAUUUUUUUUGUAUUUUUGUUUAUUUGAUGGUUUAAAAAUAGCCAGAAAUUUACUCUACGUCUUAUUGAAAAUGUUAGAAAUUUCAAGGCUUUUAUUACGGUAACUUUUUGAAAAAAUUUUUUUUUUAAUUCAAAAAAAUUUUUUUGCUUUUUUUUAUUUUUUCAUUUCUCCGAAACUAAAUACCAAAAGUGCUUUAUAUGUAAAUUUUCUGCCUCUGUCUUCUUCGUUAAUGUCCAAAAGUAAUUUACAUUCACCCUACACUCAUCCAUUAUUCCAUAAAAUCUCACGUUUCGGUCGCAAAAAAAAGUAAUUUUCAAAAUUUUCAGGAAAUCAACGAACUGCUGAAGGGUUCCGCCUCCACCGACGAGGACGAGGCCAGCGACGGCGGCAGCAAGACGGCCGGCGUGCUGGACAAGGCCAUCGCGCGGAUCCAUCAGCUGGCCCAGGCCCGCGGCUCCACCCAGUUGUGUGUGUAG